GCCUCGGCUCCGCUCCAUCCUCCGCAGCCGCCACUGCAGGGGUUCCAGCCCUGACUCCAUCUUGGGCUGGGGUCUCUGCCCCGAGCACUUUCCUCUAGAGGCGACAACUUGAAAGUGAAAGGCAUGGCUCCGGUCCACCUGACGGCCCAGGCCCAGCCCCAGCAGGCCUCCGUGACCUUCAGAGACGUGGCCGUGGACUUCACCCCCGAGGAGUGGGGGCACCUGGACCCCUUCCAGAAGGAGCUCUACCGGGACGUGAUGCUGGAGAACUUCAGGAACCUCGUGUGCCUGGGACUGUCGGCGGCCAAGCCGGACGUGAUCUCCCGGCUGGAGCAAGGAGAGGCCCCGUGGAUCCCCGAGGGCCCGGGCCUGGCCGGCGGCCUUCCAGACUUCCCCGGCGCAGCCCCGCCACAGCCUCUCUCCGACCUCAGCCUCGAGGACCCCGGGACCUUCUCCGCCUGGAGCGCGCCUCCGUCGUGCCCGGCCUCUCCUCUCCUGGAUUGGGAGACAAAUCAUGAAACCAAGGAGUCAAUUCAGGAGCUGAAUGUUCCAGUGGAAGAGCCAUCUCAGGAAAAACUCACGAAGGAUGAUGAUUCUUGUUUCUUGAAGUUACAAGAGGCUUGGGAUUGUGUUGGCAGUUUAAAGAGGAAGACGAAUAAUGAAGUAAAACAUUCUCAGCAAGUGAAACUGUCCCCAAAGAAGCAUUCUAAUAAAUUGAGAUGGCAUGAAUAUAACUAUUGCAGAAGCUUCAAUCUGGCACCAGUAGGUUUUCCACAACAAAAAGCAGGAAAGAACCCCAGCAGGUUCCGUGGCUUCUCCUCUGCCCUCUUGGCUGCCCUCUGCCUGCUGGUAUUAGAGAAGAGCCGAGGUGACGGUCUUGAGUUUGACGUGUGGUCUGGGACUUCGUCCGGAGCUGCUCAGAACGUUGUAAGGACACCGAGGUAA